AUGAGAGCGCCCCUCCUCGCGACGCUGGCGCUCACGACGUCGGCGAAGCUGUCGCCCGAGUGGCGCGUCGUCGCGGAGAACCGGGGCGUCGUCACGCGGGCCCGCAUCGACGAGGCGUCGCAGCUCUGCGCCGUCCACGGCGAGGCCGUCGUGGGACUGUCCAUGGCCGAGCUCAUGACCGUCUUCUUGGACCUGGAGCAGUACGACAAGUGGGACGACACGCUCGUCGAGAAGCGGCAGUGGCGGGCGGACGGCGCGGACUUCAUCUACCAGCGCUUCCAGCAGCCCUGGCCCGUGCGCGACCGGGAGCUCGUGCUCAAGAUGACGACGUACCCGUACCCCGACGAGAACCGCCUCGCCGUGCGCUACGAGUCCGUCGACGACGGCACGCCCGUCGCGCGCGGCGCGGUGCGGACCAAGGCCCAGAAGGUCUGGUGGAACUUCACGGCCGUGUCCGAGACGGAGACGCUGAUCUCGCACUACUCCUGCGUGGACCCGGGCGGCGCCAUCCCGGGCUGGGCGCGGGACCUCGUCGUCCAGAAGUGGUGCGCGUCGCAAAUCUUGGCGCUCGUCGAGACGGCCAAGGAGCUCGGGCUGGCGCCCGUCGAGGAGUUCCUGGGCUGGGGCGCGCCCAAGGCCGUGGAGCUGCUGAGCUACAAGGCGCAGUCCGAGGAGUGCGAGGAGGGGGGCGUCGCGACGUGCCCGAGUCCGACGCCGCGGCCCGUGCCGCCGGAGGCCGCCUUCGCCUUCGAGCCGUGA